GUGGAAGCCAGCACUGCGCCCUCGGGCCAUCCGAGACGCCAGGGCGUCUGCAUGCCACAGUUAUCUUCAGUUUGACGCCUUCGGAUUCCUUGUGAAUUACCACGACCGAGAGAGCCACGUCUGUGCUGUGGUCCGGACUUAUAUAGGGCUCACCGCCCCCAUCCAGAGCCAGACGGGCGAUACGUCAGCUUUGACGCCGCCUACGUUCAACCACGUCUCCGUGACAAUGACUGCCAUUGAGGGACUACUGGUGCCAGGUCGUCACGGUUCACCUGGUGAACCUCUACAUAUCCAAUAUCCGGGUAUGUCACCAGGCAGUGAAAACAGCUGGUCAAGAGGUCAUAGACUGACAUGUGCCGCCGCUGCUUCUCCCACAUCCAUCGAUAUCAAGGUCGACACCCAAACGGCUUCACCCCCUGUGACCCAGGAGCACCGCCAACCCGAGCCCUCCCAGGAGUAUGGGGCCAAGUGGGAGUGGGACCCUGGCACCCGCGACUACGUCCGAAUCGGAGAGGACGGCGUGAAACAGUAUUAUACGGAUUAUCAAAAACCAGGGGCUGGCCCUGGAUCUCCAGGGGGUGGUGAAGGAUUCCAAGUCGUGGCCCGGCCGAAGCGCUUCUUCUGCGUCGGCCGCAUCUUCAAAGCGGUAUGGUUCGAGCCACGCGUGCCAGUGACCCCGAGCAGCGACAUGCCCAACCGGCAGCAGCAGUCUCAGUCUCCUGAUUUCGAGCAGUGGUCGAACAAGUGUCCCGAGCCCAGCAGCGGAAACGCCGUCUCAAAAUACCGCUGGUUCGUCGUGGUCCGCAGGCGGCUCCACCACACCCUCUGCUUCAGCAUUACUACGUUUGGCGGUAAGGGGUCGGCAGCCACCUCGCGCGGCCGGCCCAUGGACUAUGUGGUCCUGUACUCGGCCGCCAUCAAGCCCGCCCAGCCCGACGACGAGGAGAGGAUCACGCGCAAGCCCAUUGCCGUGAUCAUUGAGGACGAGGAGCAGUAUAUUUCGCCCUUUGCGAGGCUGGACUGCGGGAGGAUUUACACCGUCGAGGAUGGGCUGCCCAUCAUGAAGAUUGGUCGGGUGCACCCUGCGCAUCUGCCGCUGUUGGAGGAGUAUUAUAGGGAGAGUGUGUUAUGAUGCUCCAAGGCACUUACACUUUUAUGUAUUUGAACGUCUCUCUGCAGUCUGCACGAUAUGUAGGAGGUUCAAGAGGUGGGAACCAGCAAAGCACGCCCCGAAGGACGGCAUGGUUUUGUUCUGUUGAUCGACCGACCUCAAGGCUGGGCAACGCCUACAUCGCUGGCUUUUAGUCU